AGUCAGAGAGACGGUCAUCAAACUGUUCCUGUGUAGAAUACUUGAGAUGAAAUAAUAUGUAAAUUUCUAAUUCCUAAUUCAGUUUGGUAUUUUUCACCACUGUGGGACGUUGUCUUCUUAUUUCACAUCCGGUCUGUAGAUAUCUGUUUAACGUGCUGCUUCUUCGACCGCUUCCCACUUUUUUUUGACUUAGUAGAGUUGCUCUUGGAGCCAGUAUGGAGUUGAAGGAUUUGGAGAAAUGCUGUUGUGUUAUCAAAGUUUCGGGGACAUUUUCAGUAAAGAAGUCCGUCAGUUUCAGCGGAGUUAUCGUCCAUCCUCAAAAUGGAACUAUCAUAUGCACCGGCCUCCCGUUUUCACGGUUUAUUACCGAUAAAGAGUCCAUCUCCUCUGACAGCGAAUUCAUUUUCCCAGACAGCUUAAGUGACAAACUUAAAAUCCGCGUCAGCUUUUCUACUCAUCCAGCUCAGGACUCAAACAAGAAAGUACAUGAAGAGGCACUCUCCACUUCCAGAUGCAAAAAAACACGGCAGCACGAGGUUUCAGCCGAGCUGCUCAUGCUGGUGAACUGUGUGGAGUUCAAGCAGGCUUUCCUGGCAGUUUUCCAAGAGACGGACCAGUGGCGUUUCCAUGGUGACGAAGAAGAUGAAGAACUGACCAGAGAUGUCCAUUUUCUCAGCUGGUUUGCAGUACUCAAAGCAGAUGUUUUGGUCGACAGUAGUUCAGAUUCAGGAGCCAUCCCGUGGCAGAGCAGCUCUUCUCUACAGAAAGGCUGCCCAGUCGUUGCAUGUGGCUCUCCUUUUGGCUCCCUCUGCUUAGAUCUCUUCAUCAGCACCCUCAGCAGAGGAAUCAUCAGUAACCUUGCUGGAGAGGACAAUGCAGUCAUCCUCACAGAUGCUCGAUGCUUGCCAGGCACUGAAGGUGGAGGCUUGUUUGUGGUGAAAGGCGCAGAGUGUGUUCGUCUCAUUGGGCUGAUCGUGUCUCCAUUUGGCUGGAAGGCAAAUGAGUGGAUAGGCCUCACUCUUGUCUGCUCUGUUCACUUGAUCUUUAGAAAUGUCAUCCGUUGUGCAAGCAUCCAAGAUCCGAUCUGUGAUGCAUUGCAUUAUCCAGGAGAGGCGGACAUCCACAUGUCUACUACAGCUCAUAAGUCAAAACCUGUCAAGUACCCCACUGUGUGCUUUGUGGGCAGUGGACAGGUCUGGGGUUCAGGGGUUGUUGUCACUACGAAACUAGUGGUAACUUGUCGGCAUGUUGUCAAUGGGAAAACUACAGUCACCUUGAAGUUUCAUCAUGGGGACAGAAUUUUUGACAUCCAUGGUGAUGUGCUGUUCUCCACUAAAGCGUCGUCCCCGUAUGAUUUUGCUUUGGUCGAGCUGAGGGUCCCUGUUCCAGAAGCUGUGCUUCCUCAAAUGUCACAGAGUUUCAGUCCAGGCGAAGCUGUGCUUGUAGUGGGAUAUGGUGGCUUGGGCCAGGCAUGUGGCCCAUCCCUGACCUGCGGUGUCCUCUCCAAAGCCAUUAGUUUAAAUUACCAGCCUGUUAUGCUCCAGACCACAUGUGCAGUACAAGCAGGGGCCAGUGGAGGUGCUGUGGUGAAAAAACAUUCAGGAGAGUUGCUGGGAAUUGUGUCCAGCAACACAAGGGAUUUGGCUGCAAAAGUGACUUAUCCACACCUCAACUUUAGCAUCCCGGUCACUGUUUUCCAGGGAUUGUUACAAGAAUUUCACCAGACAAGAGAUGUGAAUGUGUUCCGAGUGCUGAACACCACAGAAAAAGGAGUCAGACGUGUUUGGAGGCUACAAAGUGCACAAAGCAAACUAUAACUCAGGAUCCCUGCACUUACAGAUGUGCUAGAGUAAAAUAUGACUUAAAAAAAUCAUAAUAUUAGAUAAUCAUAUGUUUGCUAAAAUGUGUGUAAUGUUUUGUUUUUAAUUUUUAAACUAAGCUGGUAUUCUCUUGUAUUUAAUAAAUGUAUUUUUCACAUGGAACCUAGACACAUCUGAGGGAGAAAAUUUCACUCUUAACACCAUGCCAAAACAUAUGAUAACUUCUAAAAUAUUAAGAACACUUAAUGAUAACAGUCAUUUUGAAUUUAGAUGUAUACCUGUUUUGAUUGUUUUAUUGCACUUUAAUGUAAUUUGAUAAAGUUUAAUCUGUGAUGGGUA